AACGAGACAAUGCUGGCGUUUGUGCAAAGGCUGGCUCUCUCAGUCUGCUCUCGCUUGGCUACCACUGAUGCACGCAUGGUUGAAGGGAGAGGAAAGUGGACAGCUUGAUCCAGGUCGUGGGAUACACCGACAGCGAGUUUGCUGAGUGAUUUGAGGGGAGAGCAAAAAGCAGAGGGGCUGGUCUUGAAUAUACCAAGCAGACAUUGCCGGUUUUGGUCGUCGUAGGAAAAAAGGCGUCCACCCCUGCCGCACCAGUGGGAGGAAAAAGAGCAGCCCACUAGUGAUUUACUCAAGAACCCAGAGAGCUGCAUUAGUGUUACUGAGUGGGCAAGAUGAGGGGUGAGCUGACCAUUUGAAACCCAGUGCUAAAUUGUGAAAGGGAAGGCAAAGAAGAGGAGGAGGAAGUAGGUGGAGCAGGCCGAAGGGAGUUGUGGGCCUGGAGCCCAAACGCAAGCAAGAUGACGGAGAACAAAAUAAGUCUGCCUGCUAAGCUGAUUAAUGGGGGCGUAGCAGGUCUGGUUGGUGUGACAUGUGUGUUUCCCAUCGAUCUGGCCAAAACCCGUCUACAGAACCAGCAGGGCACCCAAGUCUACAAAGGAAUGUGGGACUGUCUGGCUAAGACAGUGCGCUCAGAGGGCUAUUUCGGAUGUUACAGAGGUGCAGCAGUCAACCUCACUCUUGUCACACCAGAAAAAGCAAUCAAACUAGCCGCUAAUGAUGCCUUUCGACAAAAGCUCUCCAGAGAUGGCCAUUUGCCCCUCUGGGGGGAAGUUCUGGCAGGCUGUGGCGCUGGGACAUGUCAGGUGGUGGUCACCACUCCCAUGGAAAUGCUCAAAAUCCAACUACAAGAUGCAGGGAGAAUCGCUGCUCAGAGGAAAGUAUCGACACCUGCUCAGGCUGCUGCUCCGGGUCCUGCUCCAUCCUUAGUGGAACCGCAGCCAGUCCGGUCUGGUGCUCCCCUACGGACAUCUGCUACCAGCAUCACGGUGGAGUUGCUGAGAACCCGAGGCCUUGCUGGUCUGUACAGGGGAGCAGGAGCCACCUUGAUGAGGGAUGUCCCUUUCUCAAUGAUCUACUUUCCCUUGUUUGCCAACCUGAACGCAUUGGGGAGGGAAAAACAUGGGAGUCCAGGUGAUGUACAGGCGCGUGCCCCUUUCUGGCAGUCCUUUGUGGCCGGAUGCUCUGCAGGCUCCGUGGCAGCUGUGGCUGUCACACCACUGGAUGUGAUAAAAACUCGACUCCAAACAUUGCAGAAAGGUGAAGGGGAGGACACCUACAGAGGAAUUAUUGACUGCACAGGGCGCAUUCUGAGAAGGGAGGGACCAUCAGCAUUCCUGAAGGGUGCAGCGUGCCGUGCGCUGGUGAUUGCACCCCUUUUCGGCAUUGCGCAAGGUGUCUACUUUCUUGGGGUUGGAGAGGCUGUGCUAGGAUUGAUGGGAUCAAAUUAAUCGGUAGUGGUCGUGUUGUAUCUGCACAUCGUAUUUCUGAGUCAACCUGCAGUUUAUACAGAAAGGCCACCAUCGCAAUGUGGACCCGGCGGCUCACACUCAUCCAGGUUAUAUACGGGAAACAAGAGUUGAUGUCCUGUGUACUGUAUGUGCUGUGUCCCAAGGAUUUUUGAGUUUACUUCUGGAGACAGAUAAUCUUGUCUGCCUGUGUAGAAAAAGUUCCAGUAUGUUUUUUCAGGUUGCUAACCAUUUGUAUGGUUCUAAAUCAUUGAACGUGAGCUUCCUGUAUUAUAUUCAGUUCUACAGAUUAAAAUAUUGGCUCCUGUUUUACAUGCUGUUUUCCAUUCAUCCCACUCUAUCGUGAGGUCUCAGCUGUAAUCUUGGAUUUCCUCCCUUGAUUGGGAUGUGCUGCCCGUCAAUAGGUCAUUUGUUAAUCUGAUGGUAAUUAUUUAAUCCUUGUACUAGUGUAAAAUAUACACACACAGUUCACUUCCAACCUAAAAGAUACAUGCUUCUGGGGCGCUGGAUUUAAACAGUGCUUCCUGUUCUUCACAGCUUCAGAAGGUUUACGAUCAUUCAAAACAAAUGGGACCAAAAGCUACUUUUGCUUCAGUAAUUGUAAAAGUGGAAGGAAAACAAAAUCAAAGCCUUAUGUUUUUUUUUGUUUGGUCUUGAAUUAUCUGUAAUUUGUCCUGUGGAGCAUUGUGGUCCUGUUUCGUAACAAUAAUUAUGCAAUUAAAUUAUAUCUAUCUACAUGUACACACAAAUACAGACCUACAAUGCUGUAUUUUGUAAAACUAGGUAAGAGUUUUCACAAUGUAGACUAAACAGUCCGUGUAAAACAUUUGUUUACUACUUGUAAAUAAAGAUACCAGCAGA